CUGUUUUUUUUUUUCGCUCUUUCUCACAGCAGAAGAAACAUCAGCAUGAGUCGCAAAGCAGAAUCAUCUGAUUCCAAAGGUGGAAAGAAGGACUUCUCGACAGCGAUUCUGGAGAGGAAAAAGGCUGCUAAUCGCCUGAUCAUCGAUGAGGCAGUUAACGAUGACAACUCCGCUGUCUUCCUCCAUCCCGCCACCAUGGAAAAGCUCCAGCUUUUCGGUGGUGACACUAUCUUGAUCAAGGGGAAGAAAAGAAAGGAUACAGUAUGCAUUGCCUUUGCUGACGAGACUUUGGAAGAGCCAAAGAUUCGAAUGAAUAAGGUCGUCCGAGCAAACCUAAGGGUUCGUCUUGGUGACGUUGUAUCUGUACACCAGUGCCCGGAUGUGAAAAACGGAACCCGCGUUCACAUAUUACCCCUGGAUGACACAAUCGAAGGACUCACCGGGAAUCUCUUUGAUGCGUACUUGAAACCUUACUUCCUGGAAGCAUACCGCCCAGUUAGGAAAGGGGACCAUUUUCUUGUGAGGGGCAGCAUGAGAAGUGUAGAAUUUAAGGUCAUCGAGACUGACCCCAGCGAGUACUGUGUUGUAGCUCCCGAUACUGAGAUCUUUUGUGAGGGAGAUCCCGUGAGGAGAGAAGACGAGGAUAGGCUUGAUGAGGUUGGGUAUGAUGAUGUGGGUGGAGUUAGGAAGCAGAUGGCCCAGAUUCGGGAAUUGGUCGAGCUUCCCCUUAGGCACCCCCAACUUUUCAAGUCCAUUGGCGUCAAACCUCCCAAGGGAAUCUUGCUUUACGGGCCACCUGGCACUGGAAAGACUUUAAUCGCGAGGGCCGUUGCAAACGAGACGGGUGCAUUUUUCUUUUUGAUCAACGGUCCUGAAAUCAUG